AUGUCCCAGCAACACACUCUGCCAGUGACCCUGCCUCCUGCCCUCAAUCAGGAGCCCCUCAAGCCUAUUUCUCCUCCCAUCGAUACCCAGCAGGAGCAAGUGAAGCAGCCAACUCCACUACCGGCCCUGUGCCAGAAGAUGCCCUCCAAGCUCCCAGGGGAGGUCCCUUUGGAGCAUGCGGAGAAACACACAACUCUUGUGAAGGGGGUGCCCGAGCAACAAUGUGAGCCACAGCAGCAGGAACAGCAUCUGGAACAGCAGCAACAGCAGCAGCAACAAGAAUCACAGGAGCAGGAACUGUGCCUGGAACAGCCGCAACUGCAGCAGCAACAAGAAUCACAGGAGCAGGAACUGUGCCUGGAACAGCAGCAGCAGCAACAACAACAAGAAUCACAGGAACAGAAACUGUGCCUGGAACAGCAUCUGGAACAGCAGCAACAGGAGUUACAAGAGCAAGAACAGCAUCUGGAACAGCAGGAGCAGCAAGAGUCACAGGAGCAGGAACUGCAUCUGGAACAGCAACAGCAGGAGCUACAGGAGCAGGAACGGCAUCUGGAACAGCGGCAGCAGCAGCAAGAGUCACAGGAGCAGGAACUGCACUUGGGACAGCAUCUGGAACAGCAGAAGGAUGAGCCAAAGGAGCAGAAAAUACAGCAGCAGCAGCAAGAGGAACAGUGUGAGGAACACCAGGAAGCAAAAAAUCUGGAGCAGCAGCUGGAGCAGGUGAAAGCACAAAGAGAGCAGCAGCAAAAGAAACAGCUGGAACAGGAGAAGAAGCUCUUGGACCAGCAACUGGAUCAAGAGCUAGCAAAGAGAAAUGAGCAAUUGGAAAAGAAAGAAGAGCAGCUGCUGGAACAGAAGGAGCAGCCACCAGAGCCAGCAGAGCAGCAGGAGGGGCAGGUGGAGUGGCCUGCAUUUGUCCCAGCUCCUGACCAGGUCCAAGAGACCCAGCCAGUUCAGCCACUGAAGGGAGAAGUCUUACCCCUCACAGAGCAGCAACAGCAGAAGCAGGAGCUGUAUGGCUCCCCAAAACAUAAGUAA